ACAUCCCUGCUGAAGCAUACAAGACCCUUACUUCCUUGAAGGGUGUGACUGCCUUUGGAUUUGAUUUGGUUCGUGGCACCAAGACCAUUGACUUGAUCAAGGCCCCAGAGCAAGUACUUCUUUGCUGGUGUUGUUGACGGAAGAAACAUCUGGGCCAAUGACCUCGCUGCCUCUCUCAUCACCUUGCAGUCACUUGAGGGUGUUGUUGGUAAAGGUAUGAAUCACUUGCCUUAUUUCCAUCUCUUCUUGUGGAUGACUCAGUGAGAAGUGUUUAUUUGUUAACUCGUUUGGUUAUGUUAUUUGUGUAUUGGCGCAGACAAGCUUGUGGUCUCAACCUCUUGCUCUCUUCUCCACACAUGACGAAAUCAAGUCGUGGCUAGCUUUUGCUGCCCAGUUGACGCAUUGGCCAAGGCUUUGGCCGGUCAGACAAAAGAGGUAUUGCAAAGAUCUAACAAGCAUGUUUAAACCCUUAAUUUGAAAGACACUAAUGCUCUCUAAAUCUCUCCCUUUCAGAGUUUCUUCACUGCCAACGCCGAUGCUUUGUCUUCGAGGAGAUCUUCCCCAAGAGUCACCAAUGAGUCUGUCCAGAAGGCUGCUGCUGCUUUGAAGGGAUCUGACCAACGCCGUACAACUGAAGUAAGUGCAUGGCUAGAUGCUCAGCAGAAGAAGCUCAACCUUCCAAUCCUUCCAACCACAACCAUCGGAUCCUUCCCACAGACUGUGGAACUCAGGAGAGUUCGCCUUGAGUACAAGGCGAAGAAUUUAGACUCUUGAUGACAACCUGUCUACAUUGAUUAAUUAAGUAAGUUGAUUGUGAUGCUAACUAGAGUUUCACUUUGAUCUCUCGUCAAAUAGAACCUCCGAGGAGGAUUACGUCAAGGCCAUCAAGGAAGAGAUCAAGAAAGUUGUUGACAUUGAUGUUCUUGUUCACGGAGAGCCUGAGGUGAGUUUCUUGCCUGUUACUAAACCCUGAAACUAACUACUGUUCUGUUUCUUGACUCGAGUCAUGCUUUAACAACAUUGUAGAGAAACGACAUGAAAACGGGUGGGUGCAAUCCUAUUGAUCUCGCUGUGUGAAGCCACCGGUUAUCUACGGUAACGUGAGCCGCCACAAGCCAAUGACAGUCUUCUGGUCCUCAACAGCUCAGAGCAUGACCAAACGUCCAAUGAAGGGAAUGCUUACAGGUCCAGUCACAAUUCUCAACUGGUCUUUUGUCAGAAACGACCAGCCCAGGCACGAAACCUGUUACCAGAUUGCUUUGGCCAUCAAAGACGAAGUGGAAGACCUCGAGAAAGGCGGUAUUGGAGUAAUUCAGAUCGAUGAAGCCGCACUCAGAGAAGGAUUGCCUCUUAGGAAAGCCGAACACUCUUUCUACUUAGACUGGGCGGUUCACUCUUUCAGAAUCACAAACUGUGGCGUCCAAGACAGCACUCAGAUUCACACUCACAUGUGUUACUCAAACUUCAACGACAUCAUCCACUCCAUCAUCGACAUGGACACUGAUGUCAUCACCAUUGAGAACUCACGUUCAGACAAGAAGCUUCUCUCUGUGUUCCGUCAAGUACGGUGCAGGAAUCGGUCUAAAGGUGAAGAGGAAGAGGAAGCUUCUCUCUCCUUCAGUGACUCAAACUUCCAUCUUCAGUUCGACAUCGGGUAUUGGUGUUUCCGAGAAGGAGUAAGGGAAAAUGUCGAACUGAAGAUGGAAGUUUGAGUCACUGAAGGAGGUGAAAAUCCGAAGCGAGAGCGAGAAGGAUUGAAGGCACGAGAUCCAUUGUAGCGAACCAAGGAUUUCAGACGGUGAAUCAUGACGGAUGAUGAUUAAAAAAAACAAAAUUAGGAUUUCAGAAGACGAAUCGUGGAUAGGUGAGAAAAAACACGAAAUUAGGGUUAACAAAAAAAAUAUAUUAGAAGCGUUUGGGCCGCUUUUUAUCGGGCAUUAUUUAUUGGGCCGAAACUAAUCGGGCCGGCCAAAAAACAUGUUAAUAACAUGAUUAAAAAGAAAAAAACAUCAAAUACUAGAAGAAAUACUGAAAAUCAGGUUGAAGAUAGUGAAAGAAAAAACAAAUACAGAUCUACAUAUAUAACAUAUAGAUCUAUCACCAAAAUCAAAAUCAUAGCCCAAAAAAUAAUUGAAGAUCCGAUACUACAUACAAGUACAUAGAUAGAUCAAGAAAAAACAAACACAUAACUUCAUAUAUAACAUAUAGAUCUAUGGCCAAAAAGAACAGCAUAUCCCAAAGAAAAUUUGAAGAUCAUAUACUACAUACAUGUAUAUAGAUAGAUGAAAGAAAAGAAAAAAACACAGAUCUACAUAUAUAACAUACAGAUCUAUCGCCAAGAAAAUUUGAAGAUCCGAUACUACAAACAAGUAUAUAGAUAGAUGAAAGAAAAAACAAACACAGAUCUACAUAUAUAACAUUCAGAUCUAUCGCCAAAAACAACAUCAUACUCCAAGAAAAUUUGAAAAUCCGAUACUACAUACAAGUAUAUAGAUAGAUGAAAAAAAAAAAAAAACACA